AUGCCGUCUCCAGACAGCAGAGACAAACCGCCGUCGAAGCUGCAGCUGCCGAUGAGUUGUGAUCCUCCCGUGCCUGGGAAUCCUGCGAAGCAGCUUGUGUGGAUUGUCUUCGGCAGCACAGGACACAUGGGCCGCUCGCUGGUCCGCUCCUGUCUCAACCACGGCGACCUCGUCGUAGCCGUCGGCCGCGUCUUCGAGAACACGCUCGCCAGCAUGCAAAACUGGCACGACAACUGCCUCGGGCUCCUCUGCGACGUACGUGCUCGAGAAUCAGUUGAAGAAGUGAUCUCCACCUCUCUCUCCCACUUUGGUCGCAUCGACGUGAUUGCCAACUGCUCUGGGUACGGCGUCAUCGGUGCUUGCGAAGACCAGGAUGAACAUGAGGUCCGGAAUCAGUUUGAGACGAACUUUAUGGGCACUUUGCAUAUUAUACAACUGAGUUUGCCGUAUUUUAGGGAACAGGGCGCGGGACGGUAUCUUAUUUUUAGCUCGACGAGUGGAGCGUUGGGUGUCCCGGGUCUGGGUCCGUACUGUGCGACGAAGUAUGCGGUAGAGGGACUGAUUGAGGCGAUGCUGUAUGAGAUCGACUCGUUCAAUAUCAAAGCUACGCUUGUGGAGCCAGGACUUGUAAGGAGGGACGAGCCGGAUUGGGCUUCGAGUCCGUUGCCUACUUGGGGCCACUUUCUGAUCAAGCCGGCGAGCGAGCCGUAUAGUCAGGCGACGAGCCCGGCGUUGCAUGCGAAGAGGAUGGUGCAGUGGUUGGGGGAUAAGCAGCCAACGAGUGCAGUGAAGUGUGCGGAGUUGGUAUGGCAGCUGGGGCACUGUUCAUAUCCACCUUUGCGGUUGUUGCUGGGGAGUUAUGCCAUUGAGAGUAUCCGGGAUCGAUUGCGGUCUAUUAUUGAAGAGCUGGAGGAUUGGAAACACCUGCAUUUCCCUGUUGCACCAGAUGCAAACCUUAACGAAGACAAAGAUGAAGAUAACGAAGAUGGACGAAUGGACACGACCUCGUAG